AUGCGACUCUUUCACGUCGUUCUCUCGCUGGUUGUUCUUCGUUCUAGCCUUCGCUCGUUCGUUGGUCGUCGUCGUCGUCGUAUUUCGUUCGUUUUAGCAGAACAUCAACAGAUAACGGACUGCGUGAAAUUUAUUACGGCGGCACGCUCCGGCAAAAAGCGAGAACCAAGCCUCCCACAGAGCGACGACUGGCCACAUUAUGCAUCACGUGCCCUGAUCUCUGGUGCUGAUUGGUUAACCGAGCGCUUUGUUCACUCGCGCGACUCGGCGGAUGGAUGA